GUGUAACACAGAUUUCUCUUUGCGCCGGCCCAUAGCGAAUUUCCAACGGACCAAAAAGUCGCAUCUCACAUCUUCAAGUGACACAAUUACCCGAACGAUCUUUGUAGAAAACUAUGCGGAAUCCCCAUGAAUUUUCAGCGAUAUAAAAUCACCAGAAUUCUUCAAUUUUAUCUUUGACAUUUAAAACGACCCACUCGGAAGAAAUCCUACGGCGCAACAUUAAAACUUAAUCAACAUUUUAUUUUUGAGGGGAUUUGCAAUACGGCCGCCAAGAUUGAUCUCUUAAUGGAACAGUCGACGUUUGGUGAGGUGAACCAACUCGGAGGCGUUUUCGUCAAUGGUCGCCCACUCCCAAACGCAAUCCGCCUCCGAAUUGUCGAGCUGGCUCAGCUUGGGGUACGGCCAUGUGAUAUUUCCCGCCAACUCCGGGUGUCACACGGGUGUGUGAGUAAAAUACUAGCCAGAUACAAUGAAACAGGUUCCAUUUUACCGGGGGCUAUCGGUGGAAGUAAACCACGCGUGACAACGCCGAAUGUAGUCAAGCAUAUCAAAAUGUACAAAGAGCGGGAUCCAGGGAUAUUUGCAUGGGAGAUAAGGGACAAACUUCUGGCUGAUGGAGUGUGUGAUAAAUACAACGUUCCCUCUGUGAGCUCCAUAAGUCGAAUUCUUCGGAACAAAAUCGGCAACAACCCUACCCCAACACCCAUCAGUCAAGGGUACGACAAUAAAAACCCAACCAUAAUGACACAACCCACUGCGCCUGCGCCGAUUUACAACCAUCAGUUCUACCCGUAUUCUUGCUCGACCCCCUCCAUACCGCCUGUGCACUCAUCACAAAUGCCUGUCUCUCAACCACUUGCUCAACUCAACCCCAACAAGCCACCCCAGCCGGCCUCGAACUGUGUCACUCCGUGCAUGAUGAGGGCUUGGGCGACCUCGUCACAUUCCGUUAACGACAUUUUAGGCUUUCGUCCCCCUCCCAUGCAGCAACCCAUGGCCCCUCAUCACCAGCCCCUCCCUCAGGACAACAUGGGAAACUUAGGACAGAAUUAUAACAUGAACUACUAUGCCAUGAAGCCUACCAGUGUGGCCCCGAUGUAUCUGCAGAGUUGACCUACGAUAUAGUAUCGGGACGGUUUGAUUUAUUGACAAUAAAAAGUUUGUGCCAAAUAGAUGGAACACAAGAGACUUUCAGGUAUUAUAAAUGCUGUAUAUGAUGGUGCUAAAAUUCUCAGAUGUGCUUAUAUUUAAAAAUUGUGCUUUGUUGAUUUUUUUAUCUAUAUGAGAAAAUAAAUCUUAAAAUUA